UAUGACAGCAUAAACAAAUUUUUAAACGGUAUAAAAUACAAAAUUUUAGUUACGGGCAAAAUACGUACGCUAAUCACGCAAGUAGAUUAGAUAGUAAAUUGAAUUUUAAAACGCUUUAAGAAACUGAAACCUGUGAUAUUAUUUCUUAUAGUAGUCAUUGUUGCUUAGAUAAAUUAGUAUAGCUAUAUAUCGAUAUUUCGUUUUUUUUUUUAAAUAAAGAUAUUAUUAGGAUUUAACUGUUCAAUUUAUUUAAGUUGGUAUAUAUAUAUAUAUUAUGUUUUUAAAGUCGAAGGUUUUUUCAAUCUUUCGAGCGGAAUAUAUUGGAGACAAAAAUUAUUAGCCUCAUUAAAAAAAUCAAGCAGUUCUUACAGAAUUUCAAGCUGGUUAUAUAAUAUUCUGAAACGAGCCUUUAAAAUUUAAAAACGAUUUGAAAAUAAAGAAUAGUUCAAAAUCGAGGCCCUUAAGGCUUCAGACCUACCUCGCCUAAUGAAAAAUCCAGCCAUGUCUGGGCACAAAUGUUCGUGAGUGCAAAUAUUCGUCUAUAUGUCUAUAGGUGCAAAUGUUAGCGGGCUCAUACAUAUACAGGUACAAAUGUCAAAUUGACGCCUACUGAACGAUUUUCUAUUUUUUAUCUUUUUUCAACAUCGCACAACGAAUUUCAAACCGGAUUCCCACAACCUUGCCAAUGACGUAAAAAUCUGGGUAGACUGUUGGCUUAUCGGAAAUUAUAGAGAAUAAGUAGGGUCAAAAUAUUACAAUCCGUCCAGUAGAUUAUAGUCUCUGAAAAAUACCUGCCGGUUGUGUUGGAACUAGUUUUGACGAAGGGUAUGCAUGAAACAGAUGAUAAAAAAAAUGCUGUUUACUAGACUGCGGCCGCGUGGCAAUAUCAAACUGACAGAAUGCAUCUUUGUAUUACCGAAAUUUUCACAAGGUUUUUGCAAUAUUUAUUAUUGCUUCCUGUUUUAGCAGACAAUAUGGAGUCAGUCUGCGUAUUUACAAAGUUUCAAACAAAAAAGGCAUUGUAAAAAUUUCGCGGAAAUGAAAUUGCUCAUAUGUGGGUCUACAUUUGAAAAUUGAAAUCGUGUAUUGAGGAAUACAGGCGGUCAAAAUUUUCUAGUAUCAAGUGGUGAUCAUCAGUAGCAACACAAUGUUUGGAGUAUUUUGUUUUUUGCUGAUUUUCAUCGGCUGUAACGGCCAAACUGUUAAUAAUCUUAAUCUUGGGCAUUGUCGCAUGUCAUGUGAUCAAGAAGGCAAUACAGCAUCUUUACCAUACUUUUCAUCUAAGGGAUCCCAGGGAAGACCGGGGAAGAGAGGGAUCAAAGGAGAGACUGGCAGAAAAGGGGAAAAGGGAGAACCAUGCCAAUGUGUUCUCCAAACAGCAAAGGAUGUCGAAAAAGUGCAAAACCAACUGCAAAAUUUGCAAAUCGAUUGUCCACAGACAAAGUACUUUUUCCCCACGCGCACACAGCCACGUUACAUAAGAAUGAAGACGCCUAUCGAAAACAUGGCAAGUUUUUCUGUUUGUGCUUGGAUAACGCCGUUGGAAAACCAAAAUCUAAGAGGAUCUUUUAUUAGUUACAAUACGGCUACUACCGAUAAUGUAUUGUUGAUGAUUUUCACCGCAAAACUUGACAUUUAUAUUCAUAGCGUUGCAGCAAGCCAUUUUUCGGUUGAUAUUGCUCGAAGAACGCACGUAUGCGUCGUCAUUUCCAUGCAGAGGAGUUGGAUGAAAGUCUACCUUGACGGGUCACCCAUUUCGAAGCAAACUUUCACCCCCAACGCACCGAUAGUUGGAGGAGGAGAAAUGGUGAUUGGCGAAGAACAAGAUUCAUUACUCGGUUCUUUUGAAAAAUAUCAGGCCCUCACUGGAACGGUAGAGAACCUCAUGAUAUGGACCAGACAGUUGGGAGAUUACGAAAUCCAGGCAAUGCAUGCCAACAUGUGUGCAUGUGCAAAAUAUCACACCAUUGCUUUAACCACCGAAGCUGUUGAUGUUGUCGGAGAUGUGCGAGCUGAAACUCCUGAUGAAGAUUGUUAGAGGCAGAAAAAGAAUUGUAAAUACUUGCAAUUUUGAAACAUGCCGUAUUUUUUGCUCUAAAUUGCAGUGACUUUCAAUAUAUAUAUCGUCGCAUUUGUUACAUACAAUUGUAAAUACUAGUUUUGUGUCAAUUCUUUGAAAAUUAAGACGGAAAUGGCCAGUUUGUUGAAUUUUUCUGGGAAUCACACGACAUUACAAAAGCUGAAUAUACUUAUCAGAGUUGUUAGUCCCCCAUCGCGCACCGGCUGAACCCGGUGUCCAAUUUGACCAAGUCGUUUUAACGACCUUCCUCUUCCCCUUAUUAUAUACAAAAAAUUCCAUAUAUAUUCGUUAGAUGGCACGGUGGCCUACGUUGAACGGUGGUCACAUUGAAUUGUAUGUUAGUACGAAGGUUGAAAAUAUAGCUUGAGCUAUUAUCAGUUAGUACAUGACCAGAAAGGCGACCCCUGUUUAAGCAUAAUAAAUCAAGUGUGUAGGAAAUGUAGAACAACAGAAUGAGCCAACUAUUACCAUGGCGAUUGCUUAAUUUAAGUUUUGGCGGGAGAGAAACUUUUUUUAAAAAUAUCACUAGAUUAGGUACUGUCCCGGUAUAAGACAUAAUUUUAAAAUUCCUGCUGUCACGUGUCCAAUCAUGUAGCUAAAUUACCUGCUGGCUCAUUUUCUGUCAUUUUCAUAUUAAUAUUGUGGCAACCAAUUCUGAAAGUUUGAAUAUGGUGAAAAAAUGGUCAGGAGCCUCGAUGACCUUCAACGACCUUACCGCUUACUGGCCUACACAAAACAAUGUGAAAAUUGGAUACCGGAUACUC